CGUGGAGUGGGGGCGUAACCAAUGAGGAAAACCCAAAUGACGGAAGCAUCUACCUAGCGGUGCUGUUUCAACCUUACGGUGCCAUGAAUUGUAUGUAUAUAUUCCCUAUUUAUGGCAUUGAAUGACCAUAUGGAUGUAACUCGGAACAAACUGAAGAUUGCAAGCUACUUAUUUUUGUAAAAGCAGGAUAAAAAAUGAGCAACAUCCUACACGCGGCAUCAAAAGUGAAAUGGAAUCAGAGCACUGCGGCGAAAAGAGCGGUGUUCCUGGCGGCCGCCGUAUACGGGGCGAAAACGCUUUACCCCAUCAUCUGCAAACAAAUAAAUCAACGGAAAACAACCAAGAACAACACAUCUGCACCAGGACAUGAGAAUGGAUUGAUAUCUACUCAUAAAGCUACACCAGACACUGUGUCUGGUCUUAGUAAAUCACCCGGUGUCAAUGCGGAAUUCUUCAAGCAGAUUCUUGAACUGGUUAAAAUCGUAUUUCCGAGGUUUGUAAGUAAAGAACUGGGUUUACUAUGUUUACAUUCACUAGCUCUCGUUUCACGGACGUUUCUGUCUAUUUAUGUGGCAGGUUUGGAUGGUAAAAUAGUGAAAACAAUCGUAGAGAAGCAGCCGCGGAGCUUCAUGAUCAAACUGAUGAAAUGGCUUCUGAUCGCCAUCCCUGCCACAUUCGUCAACAGCGCGAUCCGUUAUCUGGAGUGCAAGCUCGCGCUCGCGUUCCGCACGCGUUUGGUAGAUCAUGCAUAUAAAACGUAUUUCACCAAUCAGACCUAUUAUAAGGUCAGUAAUAUGGACGGGAGACUGGCGAAUCCGGACCAGUCUCUGACCGAGGAUGUGAUGAUGUUCUCGCAGUCCAUUGCGCAUCUGUACUCAAACCUCACCAAACCCAUCCUAGACGUGAUACUGACUUCAUAUACUUUAAUACAGACUGCGCGAUCUCGGGGUGCGAACGCAACCGGACCGACUCUGUUAGCGGGUCUGGUGGUGUUCGCCACGGCGAAGGUUCUGCGCGCCUGCUCGCCGAAGUUCGGUAAGCUGGUGGCAGAGGAGGCGCACAGGAAGGGCUACCUGCGAUAUGUGCACUCCAGAAUCAUAGCCAAUGCAGAGGAAAUCGCCUUCUAUAGGGGACAUACGGUGGAGAUGAGGCAGCUGCAGAAGUGUUACAGUGCCCUGGCAGAACAGAUGAAACUCAUCCUAUCGAAACGUCUGUGGUACAUCAUGAUCGAACAGUUUCUCAUGAAGUACGUCUGGAGUGGAUGUGGUCUGGUUAUGGUCGCAGUCCCCAUCAUCACUGCAACUGGCUUUGCUGAUAACGAGCUGGCGGAUGGUCAGACACAAGUGUUGGUGAGUGAAAGAACUGAAGCCUUCACAACAGCACGCAAUCUAUUGGCCUCGGGGGCUGAUGCCAUUGAAAGGAUCAUGUCUUCUUAUAAAGAGCAGUGCUGCAACAAAGGCUGGAGCAUGGCUACAGGCCUCUAGCAACUGAAACCACAAAGGAUGUGAUGUCACGCAGCAGUGAAAGCUGGGAAUCUUUGCGUAUAGGCUAGUGAUCGGUGUUGGUAUCAACUGCCACUCUGUUGACUAAGCCAGCUGGGCAACUUAAUCCACCAUCUGUUGAACAGAGAGCAUCAGUCAGUCCCGCUUCACAGAUGCUGCGUGUGUCUAUUACCACUAUAGACACUAUAAAGCACGACAUCAUGCUAUUUCAGACCUUUUAAAUAGCAUAUUGUGUUAGAAUUGUAAUUGUCAGCUAACCCUACAUGUGAUUUGUUAAUAAUAAAUUAACAUUUUGACAUUUUCUCAAGAAACGUAAAUGUGAGCAGUGCCUACUAGUGUAAUGUAAUGUCAUGUUGCCAGGUCGUAGCUAUGUAUGUGGUUGUUUAGGUCAUUGCUAUACUUUUAGGCCAUUGACUGUAUACUAUUGCUGUGACAGUCGGUGGCUGUAAUGAGUGCACGAAGACAAGGAGUACAAAAUAGACUUUAAUAAUAACUUUCACAAGGAAACACGCAGGAGAAAAGAAUAACUUAACCACAUAAUACUAAGACUAUACUGGACAAAGAAACUAUGGAAACACAGGGCUUAAAUACAUGAGGAGCAUAAUCGGGGUAAAACAAAACAGAACAGGUCCAGGAACUAUCUUACUAACCAGGGAAACUACCUAGGGAACGCAGGGAGGCAGACAAACAGCGAAACCAAUACACCAGAACAAAACAUGUUCCCCCACCGUAACAGUCUAACUGAGAAGGGGCUCUGGAGGAGGACAUGGAGCAGGUAAAAGGCAGGAACAGAGAGGCGCUGACAGCAGGAGAGGACGGUGGGAGGAGCCAGGAGCAGGAGGAGCCAGACGGGGACCCAAAGCACAGACAGGAAGAUGUCCCACGGCAGAGUUGAGGGAGGAAGGAGCCAAGGUGGAGGUUUGGCUGUUGACACCAGGGGGACGACAGACGGAGACAAAGCCGAUGGAGGUGGAGACCCAGGUGGAGCUGAUGAGCCCACGCAAAAUUGAUGCUCUGGAGACUGAUGUGGAGCUGCAGUGAUGAGCAUCCGAGGUGGAGCCAGGGUUCCAGAGAACUGAGGUACAGCCGGUGAAACUAAGGACCAAAGUGGAGCUGGAGGGAAGGUGAAGUCCGACAGAGCCAAAAGGGGUGGAGAGAUGAAGUGCAGCUGAAGGCCCGCAAGUCCGUGGCACAAGCAGAGAGACGUUUGACCAAGGCAGAGCUGGAGGGACGACGGAGCCCGGUGGAGCCAUAAGGACGAUGGUGGAGCUGAGGGUAGGAGGAGCCAAGGUAGAGCCGACAGGUUGACAAGCCGAGAUGGAGCGAUAGACUGGAGGCGAAGCCAGGGGAUCCUCUUGACAAGGCGGAGCUGGUGACCGGAAGACACGAGGGUCACAUAGGCUACUGUACUAAAUAUCUUUAUAUUGUUGUUAUUAUAUUAUAUAUUAUACCAAAUAUUAUAUUAUACAUUGCCUACGCAACGCAUAUUCGCACGCAUUAGCAUACAGGUGACCACAGACAUGUAGACUGAUGACUACCGCAAGGUCAGUUACAUGGCGAUCACGUCACUUCAUAAUGUCAGAUUUCAAGUUGAAGAGUAAUGUACUCACCACUGCCAUGUUCCCUCACGAUGAGGCCAAAACAGCUGAAAAUAUUCGCAAGGAAUUGCAGAAGCAGCUUGUGUCAGUUCUCAAGUUUGAUCCCUCUGUAAUGAGUAAGGUGGUGUGGGUAACAGAUCAAGGUUAGAAUAUUGUUGCUGCAUUACGACCUUACCGGUGCUUAGACUGUCAGGACCACAUCUACAACACGGUCCUCCGACAUGCCUUGGACAUCACAGAGCUGUCAGUAACAGUCCCAGAGGUUGGUGGAACGUUGCUGGCUGUCAAGAAAAUAGUCCGGUUCGUGAAACAAAGCGGCCUGGCAAGUCAGUUAUCCAAGACCAUUCUGCAGAUGGGAGAAACAUGUUACAGCACUGUAUUUCUUACGCUCAAGUCUAUCAAGGACAUGUAUGCUGAACUACGUGAAAAUCUGGAGAGUCGUGGGGAGGCCCAAAGAAUGGCUGAUGUGUCCCCAGAUGUUCUGGAUUUUUUGGUCGUUUUCUCCACCCCUUCUACGAAGCCCAGCGGGAGUUGGAAGUUGAUCAAUAUCCAACUUUGAACCUUGUUGUGUUGUGGCACAAGAGGCUGAAGCAUCAUUGCCAGCCAGUAAGCACUGACAUGCUUACCAAGCCACCAUCCGCCAGCGCCACUUGGAAUGGAUUGGUAAAAAGGUCCAGAUUCAGCCACUCCAUAAACUGGCAAUAUUCCUGUGGCCAAAAUUCAACCAGUUGCGGAUGUUCUGUGAAACUGAGAGAGAUGCCAUACUGCAAGAUGCAAAGAGCUGGAUCGCAAGCUAUCUAGCAACCGGUGGAAAUGCGACUGAGGAGCCAGCUAGUGAUGUGACGUCAGAUACUCCGCCACCGGCAGCAAAAAAGAGAGCCUUGUCAGACUUUGAAUUGGAGUGGGAGAAUCAUGUCACCCAGGGUAAUGACACAGCUGUGGAUGAGGUCCACAUAUACCUCAACCUUACCCCCAGCAAGGAAUAUAAGAUUUGCUGGGUUGGUGGAGUCAACAUGACAAGACCAUUCCUUUGUUGUCAGGACUCGCCCGUCAGGUGUUGAGCAUACCUGCAAGCAGCAGUAGCAAUGAACGCGUUUUCAGCACAGCAGGGAGGACGCUGGAGGAGAGGAGUACAUCUCUGAAGCCUUCAACAGUGGAUGCUAUUGUUUUUCUUCACAACGUGCGCAAAUAAACGGUGAAUGAUGACCACCGUACAUGCCUACAGUUCAACGGAUUUAUUUAUUUUUUAUUAUUAUUUAACGUUAGCCAGUUGGUGAAGAGUUCUUGAAACAUUGUUCUUUAGUUACUUAACAUCAAAGAAAGGUAGGUCAUAAAUCUUUAUUUACUUAUUUGUUGCUGGAUCACGAAGCUUGGCUAUAUUCUAUACUGCAUGGUUAUGCUUCUCUGUAAUGGACAGUCUGUAUUAAUAUUUGUGGCCAUGAUUGUCGGUGGUGGAAGUUAUGUUUGAGGCCUACAAUAAAAGUUUACCUCUUAGUAGCGUGUGUAUGU